AUGACAGGCAGCAACCAGCCUGCACCCAUGACCUCCCUCGGAGAUGACGGGUACGCGCGUACCAUCGACCGACUGCGCGAGAUUGGCGUGGCAGACCAUGUAGCGCUGCCGCAGCUUGUCGUCGUCGGCGACCAGUCGUCUGGUAAGAGCUCCGUUCUCGAAAGCGUCACGGGCUUCGCCUUCCCUCGUGCGCCAGAGCUCUGCACAAGAUACGCGACACAGAUCACCUGCCGCCGUGAUGACUUCGAGAAUGUGGUCAUCAGCAUCAUUCCUGCCGCAAACUCCAGCAACGCCCGGAAGGAGAAAUUCUUGGGUUUUCGAUGCUCGACCGGCAAGAGCAAAGUGAACCUGGCCAAUGCCUUGAGUGAGGCAAACAAGGUUAUGGGAAUCCGAGAGAAAGCCGUUUCCGGCUUUGGCGAUGGAACAGCAACUUUCGCAGAAGACACGCUGAAAAUCGAGAUCAGUGGGCCUAAUCAAAACCAUCUGACCGUAAUUGAUGUGCCUGGCAUCUUCAGAACGGCGACCUCUGGGCGGACCACGGACGAGGACAUCGUCUUGGUCAAGAACAUGGUCCAAAGCUAUAUGAAAAGCCCGAGAACCAUUAUUCUGGCUGUAGUCCCCUGCAAUGUCGACAUCGCCACUCAAGAGAUCCUCACCAUGGCACAAGCAUUCGACCCUGAGGGCAUCCGGACGAUGGGUGUUCUCACAAAGCCUGACCUUGCAACCGAGCGAGCAACGCAACAAAUUGUCUGCGAGCUCGUUGAAGGAAAGCGAUUCCCACUGCGUCUCGGAUACUGCGUCGUGAAGAAUCGCGGUUCAGACGACAACAAGUCGACAUUGGGAGAAAGAAACUCCUCUGAAAAGGCGUUCUUCUCUGUAUCGCCCUGGGCGAGACUUCGAUGCACCAAGAGAGUCGGCGUCGAAUGCUUGAGUCUUCGCCUUCGCCAUCUCCUGCGGGAUGUCUCAAAGAAGGAAUUCAAGAAUGUUGCGGUUGAAGUCGAGCGUCAGCUCUGGACCACGAGCAAGGCAUUGGAGGCGAUGGGCCCACCGAGAGACAGGCCUGAGAGUCAGCGGCGAUAUUUGGGACAGCUGAGCUCAGACUUCCAGGACGUUCUCCGACUGAUUACCAACGUCGUCGCUCUUCAGGAGACCUUCAACGACACCUUUGAGAAACGCGGCCAUACCAGACUUUUUGAGGGAACGCAGCGACAGCGAAUCUCCGGAACCCCUCCUGUCUUACAAAUACUCGAAUCCUGUCAAGGAAGCGAGAUGGAAGGCAUUAUGCAGGAUUUGCAUGGUAUCUUGAGAGAGCUCAAUUACGGAUGCCCUGAACCUCGUAAGGAUUCUUUACUGGUACAGAUUGAGAUCGCCUUCAGAAGAACCCGUGGACCCGAGCUUGGAACGUUUGGUGGCUCUGUCCUCGGCGAGGUCUUCAGAGAGCAAGCCAGAAGCUGGGCGCCUCUGGUUCUUCAACAUACAAGCCGAGCGAUUGUGCUUGUUCACAUGUUCAUCACUCGGCUGCUUGCUCUGAAGUUUCCUGACGUCAUCUUCCGCACCAACAUAUUCAACAGACUUCUCAAAGACAAGCUUAGAGCCGCUUACCAACGUGCAAUCAACCAUGUCGAGUUUCUCAUUGACGUCGAGCUGAACGGCCAGCCCUACACGUUGAACCACUACUUCAACAGCAAUCUCCAAGCAGCCCAGGCUUCGAGGCUCAAGCAAACGCUCCAGAAGGUCAUCGGCAGCAAAGAGUCCAGCCUGGAUGAUACCCAGGAGUCAGGGUGGUGGGUUACGGAAGAGAUGCUUUCUAAGCUGACCCAAGAUCGGUCGAACGCCGAACAGGUCCGGGUCGACAUUCACGAUAUCCUGUUCAGCUACUACAAGGUUGCGCGUAAGCGCUUUAUGGAUGUCAUCUGCCAACAGGUUGUCUUUCACUUUCUCCUCGACGCCAAAGAUGGUCCUCUUCAGAUCUUUUGCCCCGAUCUUAUCAUGGGCCUCGAAGACAGCCAGCUGCGACUCAUUGCGGGAGAAGAUUCCAGCACCAGAGAAGCGCGCGAGAACCUUGCCCAAAACAUUGAAGUUCUGAGAACCGCGGCGGAGGAGUUGAGGAAUGGUUCCUCAUGA